AUGGACAACGCAGAUAAAGAAGGCUUCAAGCACCGCACCGGACUCUGGGAACGACAUGGUUCACCUGAAGGUGAUGAAACUACUUUUGGCUAUGGUCAUAAACUUCAGUUAGGAGAAACUUAUUUUGCAAAGACUCCUCAAACAACAGCUCAGAUUGAACAACCAUUAAAAAAAGAUCCUGUUGAACAUGCUAAAAAAGCAAAAAAAAUCUAUGAUAAUCAUAUUUGUGCGAUGUAUGACGCCAAUGAAUUGGGUUUUAUAAGCAAAUAUGCAAAUGAACGUAUGAAACAUAUGCACGGUACGGCAUUGACGAGCUGA